GAAGAAGCGACAGCGGCGUGGCAGAUGAGAUGUGAAGCACGAGGACUACGCGGCGUGGAGCUGGCAGGAGCGAAGGCGGAAGUUAAGAAGCCAAAGCUGCCGAAGGCGGUCGCAGGGGCGGCGGUAGCUCGAGGGGGCACCUGGCGGGGGCCGCCUGAGAUGACGACCCUGCGACGGGGUAUCGUGGCACCCCGAUACAACACUUACGUCCUGGUUUCGCUGAUCGGACUAUUGCUUCAGACCCAGUCCGCCACGGGCGGCAUAUGCUGGUCUUCCAUCAGUAACGGUCGUUGCAAGGAAUUGUUGUCACAAGGAGUGACGAAGGAAGAUUGUUGCGCGUCGAACGCAGCGGCAGCGACCGCAUACUCCGAGGAAGACCUCGAUAGUGGAAGUCUCUUUUUCUGGAAGGUACUUGGAGGAGGUGUUCAGUGUCGUCCUUGCAGAGAAAGCUGCACGGAAGUAAGGUGCGAGGAAGGGAAGAAGUGCGUGGUGCGUAGAGGAAGACCAAGGUGCGUGUGCAGCCCUGAGUGCAAGGCACCAAGAGGAGGAGGUCCAGUUUGUGGGACAGACGGCAAGAGCUACAAAAAUUUGUGCAGACUGAAGAAACGCGCUUGCAAGAAGGGAAGCCACGAACUAGCGGUUGCCUAUAACGGCCACUGCCAAAGUUCGUGCGCACGAGUCCGGUGCGGCCAAGGCCGGAGCUGCGUGCUGGACCAGAACCUGAGCCCGCACUGCGUGAGGUGCGCCCGCAGGUGCCCCCAGCCGCCCCCGCAACAGCGAGCCGCCGCACGCCCCGUUUGCGGGGCCGACGGAAACACCUACAAGAGUGCCUGCCACCUGCGACUUGCCGCCUGCCGCGCAGGUCGCGCCAUUCCCGUCGCCUAUAAGGGCCACUGCAAACAGAACGCAGACUGUACGACGAUUCGUUGUCGCGAGGGGCAGACGUGUCUAUCGGAGAUGAAGUCGGGCCGACCACGUUGCGUGACCUGUACCUAUCGUUGUCCCCGGAAGCGGGAGCGCGUCCGGAACCGGACACACCGUGAUCGAGAUCCAUCGGCGACCAUGUUGUGUGCCACCAACAAUAUCACCUAUCCAAGCUGGUGUCACAUCGUCAAGGACGCCUGCGCUACCGGCUUCGUCCUCGAGACGCGACACGCCGGCCCCUGCAACGCCUACGACACCUCUCCUCUCUAUAUCGAGGAGGACAACACCUCGAGCAACUACGGCGUCGAUCUGGCGGAUGAGGACGCGAGAUUCGAGGACGCCGAAUCCCUCUCGUACAACGGGCAAACGCAUCGUUCUUUGGCGUUGUCGUAGCGCGCGAUCGAUCGAUCGAUCGGUCGAUCCUGUUCGCCAACACGACACGAGUCGUAGAUUUCUCCAUAGGUGCUCGCUCGAAGGAACCACGCGGAUAGGUGAAACGUGUCGCAAACGGAGAGAUAUCCUCCGAUCCAUUCGCGAAUCCACGAACGAUCCACGCGGAUAAUCGAAAAGUAAUCAGAUAAAAUUCAUUCGUUCGCGGAUCUACGUGGCCGAUCGAAGAAUAAUAAGUUAAAAUUCAUCAAUUCGCGGAUCUACGAACGAUCGACGUGGGCGAUCGAAUAAAAUCGAUCGAAGAAUAAAAUUCAACGUGAAAGAAUCAGACGACUACCGCGUCCAAUUCUCUAGAACCGAUCUAGAUCGUAUUAAGGAAAUGUCACGCGAGAUAUCGUGUGAAUUUCCGCUCGAACUUCCGGAGAACUCGAGGAACGACGCGUAACAGACAUGUUCGCGCUUCCUCUUCGCAGGUUAUACAAGAGCGUACAUAUAUGAACGCCAUUAAAAUCGCGUGGAUGCACGAGCGGCGAGAUUCGUGCCGGAUAAUGUAGAUUAAGGGCAGAUCAGUAUUCUUUUCUCCGUUUUCGGGAGGAUUUCGAGGUUUCGCAGGUUCGUUCGCGUACAAGUGACGAUUUCUUUUUGUUUUUUUUUUUUUUUUUCAUUCGAAAGGAAGCGGAAAACUGGCGAAUCGAGACUAAUUUAACACUUUCGUGAUCGAAACGCGCGAUUUGCCACCAGUCGGGAGCCAUUCGCGCAUGUUUGUAUCUAUUGUCUCGGUGUACAUAAGUAUUUCACGAGUUUGACGCAGACAAUUGGGUAAGAAAUUGAUUAUUUCGCAUUUUGAGAACGUUUGAUAGUGUUGUCGGUUGUUCUAAUAGAAAAAUAUUUGAAUUUUUUAAAUUUACAUAGUACUCUCUAUGAAGAAAGUAUUUUAAAAGUAUCAUUGGUGAAUUUAUUACAAAGAUAAAGUGUUUCUCCGAUGUUUUUAAGAGUACAAUGUUGGUGUAUAUGUUAACUCCGGUCGAUGAAAAUCACUAUUAUAACAUAGAUAGUGUACGAAUUAAGCGAAGUUGUAAAUUGCUGUAAGUAUUGUUUCGUCAUCUGCUUUCUUUCUUUUGCCUUUUUAGCGUUAUUUUUAUUCGGAUCAGUUUUAAUCGAUAAUGUACCACAGUGUUCUUUUGUAUUAAUUUAUUAUAAUGUUAAUUAAUUUAUUGUUCGAAAUAAUAUGAAUAAACGAAGUCUGAUUGGAAAAUCGUGUUCAAAACUUCAACAUAAUACCAGCUUUUUAAUUUUCUUAUUUUAACAGGAUACACGGUGUAACGUGAACUUUUAUUGUCAACGCGUAUAUGAAAUACAUUUAUAUCGUACAAAGAUAGUAACGCGAUACAAGUGAAGUACGUGAAAAGUAAGCUUGUAAUAUUUUUAUUAUCGUAAUAUUAUUAUUAUUUUCAAUGUUUUCAUCCAUGCACGUUUUUAGACACGACUGCCGUUUAAUAUUGUAGAAUUCUGUACAUAGCACGUUUACUUUAUGUUUAUACAUUAUUUCUUAACGUUAGGAUCGUAAAUCUCUCAUCGAUACUAAAGAGUAACAUUUACUAAUCCAGCAACAUUCAUUCACUAAUAUCGUUUAAACUGUCUCGUUACAUGUAUCGUAAUAAUAAUCCGCUUUAACCAAUUACAGCCAUACAAUUGUAUUGGCUCCUGACGAUGUAUCUAAUAUUCGUUUUCAUAAAAUAAUCGCGAAAGUGUUAAUGACGUCGAUGAAUAAUAAUCAUCCAUGAUCUUUUCGAGAAGACUUUCAAAUUAAUCAAUUCAUGUGCUUACUAUGGUUCGACGAGUAUUAUGUAAGUAGAUCUUUUUAGGAACUCAAAGAAUACGGAACUAAUCCGAAAGCUUAAACGACUUAUAAAGCAAGUUUCGCAGGACUAAUCGUUAGACCGCGGAUUUUUAUGCAUUUAUGAGAAAUUGAAAGAUGUAAAAAUACACAGAAAAUAUAUAAAAUAUUCAACUAAUUCUCCGCUUAGGUUCCAUUUUUCUAGUCGUGUUUAUAAGAUACGAAUUUGCAUAAAUAUCCACAGUCUAUUAAUCACAGUCACUUCAUAUAAAUAUCCAGACGGCCGAAUUUAUCUUUACGAUUUUAAUUCGCAUAACUGGCUGGCUAUCGUUACAUCGUCCAAACUAGUUACACUUUAUUCAAAUAUUGCUUCUUCGUUAACACAUCGUGGAUAACGUUGGCCAUUAAUCGGUUAAUCUCUUGCCUUAUAAUAUCGUGUAACACUCGUGAUACCGUUUAUGAUCGAUAUUUAACAAAGGCACGUUGUAUUUUCCAUUCUAAUUUUAAUUUCAUAAAUAGAUCGACAAUUUCAUAAUUAUUGAUUAACGCGAACUGAACAAAAAUAAAAUAAAUAAAUCGUGAGGCAAGGGGUUAAGAUUAAAUCACGAAAAUAUGAUCAUGUCGAAGCGAGUAAAUGCUGUUGAAGCUUCGAGCGCAAACGUUAUUCGAAGAAAACCAGGCACAACGAUGGCUGAAUAAAAUCUUAGAGGUUAAAACUGAAUGCAAUAAGGAAAUUGCAGGUAUCGUAUACCGGCGACGUUCAGCUAGAAAAUAUUUGUCCGUGAUAAAACUCGCCAGGUAGUCGCACAGCGUGCAUUAGAAAAGUUACGGGAAUUUUUCACUGAAAUUGCGUCCUUGAAGAGGAAGGAAGAAAAUAGAAAACCGGUGUGGAGACAUGAUGUAUGCAUGAAUAUUUAUCCGUUACGAAGUUAAUAGAGUAGAGCGGUCGAACGAUAAAAAAGAUUUUGAAAAAGGGGCAAGAAAGACUGAAAAGCGGAGAGUAAAAUUAAAUUUAACGAAGCUUAUGGGAUCGACGAUAAUUUAUGAAAUUACAGUACGCGAUGUGUUAAUGGAUUUUAUAGCAGAGAUUUUAAUUUGAUCUAAAAGAGAAUAGGUGACGUUUGAUGGUUUUAUUUAUUUAUUUAUUGUAACUGUUUCUAUGUGGAAUUAUUUAUUCUAAUUUGUGGAAUUUAUGAUCUAUUAUUAGUUCUUGUUGAGCAUGUUUGCCUGUUCUCUUUGGUUAUAUAAUUAUCAAUGUUGAAGCUUGGAAUAAUUUUAUAAAAUUGAUAAAGAUUCAUUGUGAGAUAAAUUUUUUUCCAGAAAAAAGAAGGAUAAUAUCUCUACUCUAAAGCAACAGAUGUUUAAUUAUGAGAAAUUAAAAUCGAAAGUUCCAUCAUCUUAAAAUUUAGCUUACAUUUUUUAUAAAGAGAAAAUGCUGACUUCGAAAUGCGAGUUACUUUCUAAAAGAUUCUGAUCGAGUUUACGUCCCUUUCCUUUUAAAAUUCAGAUAGAAGAUUAAUUCUGAACGGAUCAGUAUUAUUCAAUUUUAUGUGAUGCAAGCAUAUACUGUGUGGAAUCGUAAUAAACGACCAAACUGAAUCAGGAUUAACUCACAAGGAUCAUUUGUUAACAAUGACUAGUAUCCAUUCAUUUCGUAUACUAAAGAAGCAAAUACUAAACAAAAGGAUUACAAAUUAUCAAAACAGUACGAUUUUUCUAAAUUUCGUAGCAGUUCAAAAAUUUUCUUAAAAAAUUUACAGAUUCUCUCGCUUCUUGGUCUUCGAUGAGUUAAAUAAUAUUUUUUUCUUUUUCGUCAAGUCAACAAAAUUUCAUUCCACAUUCAACGUAAUAUUAUACGAUAUUCCUGAUUCUUAAAUGAUAAUUAGAAUUCUAUACCGAUGUCGUUUCAUUUCCACUACCGUGUAUGUAUCAAUAAUUUUAUCCGCAUCGACCAGAAACCACUUUGUGCUCAGAAAUGGCAUUUAACGAUCGUGCGUUUAAGUUACGUGUUCUUAAAUACAUGUACAAUAUUAGACAGACCAUAUCUUCGAUAUCAGACAGCACCAUUUCCAAUCGUUUCAAUGCCUCCAGUCUGGCGCCAGUAGAAUUCCCAUAAUAUUCGUACUUAAUUUAUGUUAGUUUUACGACUUGCGUUAACAGCUCUGCUUAUUCGCUUACGUUAACAGCUCUCUGCUUAUUCGCUUGCGUUUUAUUGGUUAUAGUUACGUAUCUCACAUUUUUUCCGAUAUUGUCAACGUUCUACGUGUAUCAUUUUUCAUCACUAUGACCAGGUUAGUUAUCAGCUACUAUGUGAUUAAAUUAAUAGGAAUAUAGAGGAAGAAAAAGAUCCAUGAAUAAGACAAUUUAACGAAGAAUGAUAGAAUGGUCCUGAUUAAAUUAUUAAUACGCUAUUUUAACGUAUGAUUUUCUUCGAAUGGCUAGUUAAAAUUAAACGAGUCUUUUUUUAAAAGAAAAAUUAAACACUGCAUGGGAGAUAUAGAAUUUUUAAUUAUUCAGAAAAGAUUGUUGAAGAACUUUUUAUUAUUUUAUGAUAGAAAUUGAUUAUAUUUUUAAUACUGUGUAUUAUUAAUAUUAAAAUUGAACAUGUUUUAAUUUGUUAACGUUAUCUGUGUUAUUUAAUAUUUUUCAAAAUGGUCUAAUUUUUAUAUAAAAAGGAUCGUUAUUAUUUUAUGAAGAAAUAUUUAACGAAAAGCUUAUAAAAUUCUGUGCAAUUUGUCUUUGUAAUUUAUUUAUUAGAAAACGUGUCUAUUUGAUAUAUUGUUUAAAUUGUUACGUAUUGUCGCCCUCUUCUUUUUGAAGGCUAUCAUUUUUACUUUACCUACUCGGUUCUUUGUUCAUUAAAUUCUGUCCCAUGGGACUGAUUUUGCGGAAUGCAAACUGCUCCGUAGCUACUAUCCCCACGAAACAAUUAACGUUCCUGACAGGCGCAAAAGUGUUCCAAGAAAGGGGGAAACGUGGCGACACCCCGCAUCAUGAAAAUACAAGAUUGGAAUUGCUUUGCGAUAAUGCCAAUUGUCGCUUAAAGGGUGAAACAAUUUCUCAAAUAUUCAUACAAGGAAACAUGAUCCUUUGGCAUCUCGAACGAUCACCAUGUUGUUAACAUGUCGUUUGUUUUCUGUUAUUGUUUAGGAAACAGGAAAUUUUCAUUCGUUCGGUACAACUACGAAUAAUUUUUCGAUUAUGAUAUUUAAAAUUUCGCGAUUCUAAUUAUAUAUAAUAAUUUUACAAUAAUUAUACAAUAAUUUUAUAUACAUUAAUUCUAUACAAUAAUUUUAAUCAUAGAUAAUUGUCCAACCGUGUUAUUCUUUUAUUUAUUCGUUGUUCUAAAUAAAACUAGAUUUCGUUUCGAAAUAUAAAAUAUAAAAAGACAUUCUUAACGUUUUAAUGUAUUAAUAUAAAAUUAAUUUUUUCGGGAUCAAAUGUUUCUUGGUCCGAGAGAAAAUUUUCCUUUUUAAACCAAUUAUUAAUAAUAGAAACACAUUUUCUAUUUUCUAUUAUUAUUUUUCUAUUAUUAUUAUUUUCUAUUAUUAUUUUCUAUUUUCUAUUUUCAGAAAUGGUUCAAUUAAGAAACGAAGUACAUUGUUAACAAUUCUUUCAUGUUUCCGUAAACUUAAGAAAACACAAGAAAACGUAACAGCGCUAAAUAUGUUUGCAAUCAAAAGAAUUAUUAAAUAUCGAAACAACGUGAACGUCAGGAUCUAUAUGACACGAUAUCUCAAAGACAAGAAUCUAUGUUAUUUGAAUCGUUGUAAUUUGAAGACAAGAAAACCAUCGAAUAUAAAGAUUCCAGCUGGAUAAUUUCAUUCUUGCAGGGUGACGCAUGCGAUAGUAUUACAGAAUUCGAAUGGCAAUAAAUUUAUGCUCAUUUCGACAUUUACGCGAGCACUUGAGCAAUCUCGUAUUGGAUAUUUCUAUUCAGCUUUUGUCUUAUGUAUUCUAUUCGUCUAUUUCGAGGCUACGUGAACCGGAAUGGACGUUUUAUCCGAUGAGACCUGUCUAUCGUUGUUAGAAGCAAGGUGUAUUCGAUAAAAUCAUAGGGUAACGCCGAAACGACAAACAAGUAAAAGAUACGCGAACGAGAUAUUGGUGACACUUAGCUUUAAAGAACAGUGUCUAUUACCUGUGAACGGUGAAAUCGUUUUUAGAUGGAAACGCAAUUAUAUGCGAUAAUAUAGUUCCUGUAUUAUACAUAACGUAUAUAUAUAUAUAUAUAAAUUUAAUAUAAAUUAUUCUAUUAGUAGCUUUAGAUUAUUCUAACAGUAGUACGUUGUACGAACCAAAAAUUGCACGUCACAUUAAUAUCUGUCGUAAUUGUUCUUUCGAUGUUCAUUCAAACUAACUCUCGUAACUCAUGAGCGUUUAAAAGUCUGCUCGAAAGUUUUGUUCGGGAGAUGUUGAUUGGAGUACUGGCGACCAUCGAAACGAGAGGAAAACAGUAUAUUAUACGAGAAUAUAUGGUAACGUCGAGCAAGAGACAAUCUAAAAAACAACAUUAUCCAACAGAUAAUUAUCUACAUUCGCUGUUUCUCUUUUGAUCAAGUCGGAGAUAACGUAGUAGAAGAGAAAGAUAGAAGAAAAUUAUCAAUGAAAUUUCGACGCAAAUGUUUCACGUGCUUCUCUGAGUUUUUAGGAAAGAAAAUCUUGCAUUGGCUUGUUAUUACAUAAUUUCGAGAUUUGACUUAGAUGUCCUAUUUAUUUUCGCUAAAUAUUAUCAUUAUGGAACUUCAUUUUCAGUUAGACGUUUGUAAUAAAUUCUAUGUUUGAUUCGUUACUAUAUAAUAACUUAUUUAAUAACGGACUAUCGAUUAAUAUUAUAAUUCUCGAUAAAAUUAUAACGUCGUUAGUAUUCAUCAAGACUGUGCUUUCAAUUAAUUUAUUGCGAUACUUGAUUUAAAAAUGUUGCCAUUUCGCUGCUUCGUGUAAGAAGCUAACGCGUAUAAUUAAAAUAUCUGACAUCGUUUCGUAAUAAUUCUAUGCAUUAACCGAGAUAAAAGAUAAAUAUCAUUUACAUAAACACAGGCGCAGGUAUUUCUAUACAAUAAAUAUAUAAUGGAGGCGGAUACCAAGUAUAAUUUCAAACAUGUUUGAGAAAAAAUGGCAAUUUCAUCAUAUACUUCCUAAACUAGUGACAUAAGUUAUGUUAUGUUAUGUAUAAUAAAUAAAUGUUUAUAUUGGUAUCUUUAGUGACGCAAUGAAAGUAAAUAGAACUUUUAAGAAACGAAACUUUAUGAAACAUGCGGUACAAUAUCUUAAAGAAAAGCUCAAACAAGGUAUAAAGUAUUAUCUAAAUAUAAUUUUCACUUAUAUGUAUAAAAAAGGAACGGAAAAGUUAUUUUGUAAAUGUUUAUUUAUUUUCGUGUUUAGUUAGGAAGUAUAUGAUAUAUUUAAUGUGUUCAUGAAAAAAUUAGUUCAAAUCACACUCUUCAAAAUACAGUUGACACAAAAAUAUCAUACCACGUUUACGUCGAAACAUAUAGCGUUAAACUUGUGAUAUAAUACAAACAGAAAAUAUAUCAAUAGUUUGAUCUUCACUAGAUAAGAGAGAAAAACAAAGUAAUGUCUUUUUCUCUGAGAGAAACAAGGAAAAAAACGGCAAAAAAUCAGAAUAAUUGAGUCUUUCUCUCUCAAAAUACGAAGCUUGGAUUCAUAUUUGAAAAUGAAUAAAAAGAGAAAAAGGAAGGUGACAAGAAAAUUACAGUAGCACGGCUUUUAAAGCACACAACAUACGCUUUAAUUUCUACUAAUAUCUCCGCGAUUAUAGCUUGAGUUCAAGAAUUGCAAUUGUCCAUAUGAUUUUCCACAACACGUGUACGAUAUAUAGCAUAUCGCAUGAUUUACAUAAAAUCUGUAUAAUUAAUGCAAGACAAACCGACGAAUACAAUAGAUGAUAAAGUAGGAAGCUGUUGUAAAUUAAAUUAAGUGUAUCUUAGCUUCCAAAUAAUUUAAAAACAAUUUUAAAACUUACGAAGUUGUCGCUCAGCGAGACGUAGAAAAAUGGAGGAACGCGAAGUCAGGAAUGCAGUAUGUUUCAAAGAUAGAACCCAUGCACUGCCGUGUACCUAAAAUAAUCGACAGUAAUCACUGUAAAGAGUAUAUAACAUCGAAACUGCAGUCGUGAAGUCUACAGACAUAAACAGAAUAGCCUAAUAAUCAUUGAUUAAUUCCUUAAGUUUCGAGAAUGCUUUAUCUAGACGGUAACGAAGUGGUUUUAACUUAUAAAUAAAUGAAACGAGUAAAUAAAUGAAUUUAUAUAAUGUAUACAUACUAUAUGUAUUUAUGAGAACGAUCUAUGUAUACAUGUACCGCGCGUAUAUGUGUAUAUAAAUAUGUGUGUGUAUGCAUGUAUGCGGAUGUAUAUACAUACAUAUACAUAUAUAUAUAUAUAUGUGUGUGUAUCGGUUAGCAACUACUUUCAAGACUGUCGAACAUCAUAGGUGUAUAAAUGUUUAAAUAAAUUAUUAUAACGUGGCAAUCA